AUGACACAGACUGCCGACGAGAAUGCAGUUGUGGAUCCUCGCAUGAUCAUGAACCUGGAGUUGGAUGAAAAGAACGAGGGCUGGAUCGCAUGGAUACGACGCCUUUCUGCAGAACGGAAUAGAUUUUGGCUAAUGUUUGGACUUUGUAUGAAGCUUUCACUCAUUUCCGCAAAGACACAUAAAGUAUCCUACUGCAUAAGUUUUUUCUCUGUCUUUUUGGUGGUGUUUUUGUGUGUUAUUCUCGUGUCGACAAUGUUUAAUCUUCCCAUUAUUUUCCUCCGUCUUGGUGAGGCAUACAAUGGACAGAAUGAUCUUGUACUAUUGCCUGGUGGAGAGCUAAGUUCGUGGGCGUCGUUAAACUAUUCCAUCAUUGAGCAGCUUUUUCCGCCAACGGAUGCUGCACGCAGCUACCACUCUCCUCGAAUCACGUUGACGGGAUCUAUUGUGAAUUUUGCCAACUGCUCAGGGGUAAAAGAUCCGAAGGAUUUAUGGUACUCAAGCAGCGGAAGAUUAUGUGCUAGGGGCUGUUUGGGUCAACAUUGCCAUGGCGAUGACCUCUCUGUUCGUGUUGUGGCGAUUAACUCGGAACGCGAAAAAAGAAUGGGCUUUGGAACUUCAUGGAGAGGUCCAUCACUGGCAAAGGGGGAGGUGAUUUUGUCCAAAGUUGUGGCUUCUGCCUUGAGUGACACACAGGUGGGGGAUACAGUUGUGAUUAGUGCAGCAUUUGGUACUCACCUUCGGGCGCUUCUUGAAGAUAUUCCUUAUGUGCGUCUUCAUGCGCAUGCGAUUAUGUCUUUUAGAGUGGUGGAUAUUAUCCCUCCAGAUCGUUCCAAGUUUGAUGUGGAGGAUUUUGUUGUUGUUGACUACGACUCAAUAGCUAGCACCAUUGCUGAAGGACUACAUGGAGGGGUGAAUGGAGAGGAUGUGGUAAGGUUUGCAAAACGUGAUCCAAAGUUCGCUGCCUCUUCCAUCCACUUUAACUUGGACCCAAGAGUGCGUACGCACACGUACAGGACGACGGAUUAUUCAGUUAUACGACGACGCGUCUUUACUUGGGUUGCUUCUAUUGCUGAACCAAUUGGUUACAACCAAAUAGCAGUGGAUACUCCUAUAGUAAAGUUUUUGUACGGUGUCCGAUUUUUUUCACUAUUUGUGGGAUUGAUUGUGUCCAUCAUAAUGGUGUCACUGACUUUUCUCAGUGUUAUGCUUAUAUACUCAUUGCUUAAUUUAUUGGUAGAAUGUCGGCUGUAUGAGUUGGGGAUUAAGCGGAUGAUUGGAUUUUCAAGUGCGAAUCUGGUGUUUAUGCUCCUCACAAACGCGUACUCCUUUACAAUACCUGCAUGGCUACUUGGACUUCUUACAGGACAGUUGAUAUUUCUGGGGAUGCGCACAUUGAUUUAUGAUGUUAUUGGCGUUGAAUUGCCUCGUUUUAUUUCAGGACAGGCGGUCGGUUGGGCGACGUUUGCCGGACUAUUGCUUCCGCUUGUUGGAGCUAUUUUUCCUGUGGUCACAAUUCUCUCACAAAAACUUCCGGAUGCUUUGAAUGCUACUCGCGGACGUAACAUGGGCGUUGUGUACAAAAUUGUACGUGAAGGUGACACAAGAGGACUAAAUUAUAUUAUGUUGUGUAUCGGGUUGGCCUUUUUUGUUUUUGGGUUUUUACUAUACUACUUUUUUCCUGUUGCCUUGCUGCGCAUGCGAUUGGAUUGGCUCUUUGUCAUCUUCUUUGGUAUCCUGAUUGGGAUGCUGGCAGGUCUGGUGUUGCUGGCGGUGAACUUUGAACGGGUUCUGCAAACGGCGGUGUCGUACUUUUUUUCUUUUGGGAACACGCUGCUGUGUUUCAGGCCCUUCAAAAGUUGUUGA